GAAUUUUCUAGUAUUUGAACACUUGCACAUGAACAUGGAGAUUGAUGGAGUACCAAAGCCAGUGUGCAAAUAUGGAAGCCUGUGUUAUAGAAAGAAUCCUGAUCAUCUGGCUGGCUUCUCUCAUCCCUGGCAGGGAAAAAAGCUGACCAAAAACAGUGAGCCAAAGAAAGAGACAUCUCCCACAGAGAAGCAAAACAGGAAUCAUCCUAGUUCAGAGAAGGUGAAGCCUAAGGAAGUUACAGAAUCUCAAUGUAAGGACAAGGAGAAACGAUUCCAAGACACCACAGAUUCCUCUCCUGGUGGUUCAAUUCCUCCUUCAAAGAAGUCCAAGCAAUCACAUGACCCCGAUGAGCUCCUGGAAGCCCCAGACUUAUCAUCAGAGCCAGACCUCCCAUCUUUUUUGAAAAUAGAAGAUGAAAUCAAACAGAAGUUUCUUGUUUCUAUGCCCCCUGAUUUUUUUCAGUUUUGGGAGUUUUGCAGGUCCAUUGACUCCAAGAAUCCACAUGAUGCCUUGAAACCAACCAAAUUGAAACCAGUGGGUCCAUUUGAUCUCAUGAGUGGGAAGUUGGAAAAACUUGGCUGCAGGAAGCUGUCUCCCUACCUCAGACACUAUCGCUUCUACUAUGACCCACCUGAGUUUCAAACCGUGUUGGUGGAGGAAGGAGAAGAUGGUUACCACAUUGGGUAUUGGAGGGAUGAACCAGAUUCUCCACCUGCAUUCCUGGCUUCUAAUAUUGUCUCAAAGGGAGGCCACUUCUCUAUCACAGGAGAGAAUAUCUUUGCUGCCAUCCACCUGUACCUGAAGAAGAAGCUGGAUGAAGCAAGUCCAUUUGACAAGGCACCCAUUCAGAAACUGAUCUCACGCAUUGAAAAGUUGGCAGGAGAGAAGGAAUUGAGUCUAAGUGAGACAACAUCAAAUACACGGGCACGACUGAAAAAUGUGAUUGCCAAGCCUUUCCAUGGACUUGGCAUGGUUGUCCCCUACAACAAGAAGUCCCAGUUGGGCUACCGAGAGAUCCCUGAAACUACAGCAAGCCUCAAGAAGUUGAUGAAGAAGAUUGUGGAAGCAAGGUCAGAGAAGGAGCUGGAAUCAGGUCAUGAUGCCAUGCAGGAGCUGGUGACCAAUGUCCAGUUUGCCAAUGAUGAAGGGGACCCAGGCAUGGGAUUGGAACUAGGACUGAAUGCCUUCACUUCUGGCGGGUCUCAAUUGCACUCAUACAUCAAGCAUCUUCUUGGUGUUGCAUAUGAACUCCUUGGAAGACCUAAGUUCUCUCAGAUAAUCCAGGCUCACUUAGUAUAUCGGAGACAUGGAGUUCAUGUCAGCAUUGAGGAUGAGCUGAAGAGAAAGUGACUUUUGCCUUCUUUAUUCUACUGGAUGCAAGCACCUUGAACUCAUUUAAAUUUGAUAAAGAUAAUCUUCUG